AUGGCCAUGUCUAGUGCAGCAAGCAUCUUAAUGAAGCAAUUUAGAGAGCUUACAACCCAUCCCGUACCUGGGUUCACGGUUGCAUUGCACGAUGAUAAUAACGUGUUUGAGUGGGAUGUAGGUAUUAUCGGAGCUCCAAGUACGAUUUAUGAAGGAGGAUAUUUUAAGGCAACACUUAAAUUUCCAAAUGAUUAUCCUUUCAAUCCACCAACGUUUAAAUUUAACAAUGAAUUCUUUCACCCAAAUGUUUAUAUAGAUGGACGACUUUGUAUAUCUAUUCUUCAUCCUCCUGGUGAAGAUCCCACAAGCGGCGAGUCAGCAGCGGAACGUUGGAAUCCUACUCAAAGUGUUGAGAGUAUCUUGAUAAGCAUUGUUAGUCUUAUGGGUGACCCAAAUUGUUCUAGUCCCGCUAAUGUGGACGCUGGUAUCAUGUAUCGUAAAGAUAAAGAAGGGUAUAAUGCUAUUGUUAGAUUCGAAGCUUCGAAGAAAGAUGUCCCUGAAGGAUUGAAAAUACCUAUCAACGCCGACGAUUUUAUCGUUCAAAAACGUCCAACUGACGAUAUUCCAGACGAAAGUUAUUGUUCUUAA